CUGAGAGUCUGCAGCUGCAGUGAAGAGGAGCUGUUUACUGCGGACCUGAAGGAGGACUGGAAGGACCGAGGGACACGCGCUGAGACAGACAGGUGGACAGACGGACAGAGACACAGACAGAGGACGCCUGCAGUGUUAGGAACUUCCUGUGUGUCGGGGUCAGAGGUCACGGCUCCAUGUGGUCUGAUAGAAGAUGAGACACCAUGACUUUGGUCGCACAGAUUCUUUACAGCCACCGGUGCCUCUGCCGCAGCGAGUGUCAGAGGACGUCCAGGGUGUGCUGGGUGUGUGUGAAGACAGAUCACCUGGUUGCCAUGGUGAAGAGCUGGAGGAGGGUGGAACUAAAAACACAGCUCAGCUCAAGGACACAGAUGGAGAAAAGGACAGGUGUGACCAUCCCGUGGACAUCGCAGGUCUCUUCUCCUUCAUGACGUUUCAUUGGCUGACCCCUCUGGCUGUACACGCCAGCAGGAGAGGACAGCUCCUAUUGGACGAUGUCUGGCCUAUAUCACAGAAGGAGAGUUGCCAUGCCAACAGCCUGAGGUUGGCGUCUCUGUGGGAGGACGAGCAGAGGUCAAAGGGCAUCGACGCGUCUCUGUGUCGGGUUGUUUGGUCCUUCUGCAGGACUCGUCUCUGCCUGUCCAUCCUCUGUCUCACCGUCACUCAGCUGGCUGGAUUCAGUGGGCCGGCGUUCGUGGUGAAGCGUCUCCUGGAGUACACCCAUCAGGAGGCGCCCUCCCUGGGAUGUGGUCUCCUGCUGGUCCUGGGGGUCCUGAGCACAGAGCUGGUCCGAUCCUGGUCUCUGGCUCUGACCUGGGCCCUGAACUACAGGACCGGGUGUCGUCUGAGAGGAGCCGUCCUCAGUCUGGCCUUCAGUAAGAUCCUGAAGCUGCGCAGCGUCCGGGACCAGACCGUGGGACAGCUGGUGAACAUGUGUUCCAGUGACGGUCAGAGGAUGUUUGAGGCAGCAGCAGUGGGCAGUCUGUUAGCAGGGGGCCCCCUGGUGGCCGUCCUCGGUGUCGCCUACAACCUGUUCAUACUGGGACCGACGUCUCUGCUGGGCUCAGCUGUCUUCAUCCUCUUCUACCCUGCCAUGAUGUUCAGCUCCAGGUUGACGGCGUACUUCAGGAGGAGGGGCGUGGCCGUCACAGACAGGCGGGUUCAGAAGAUGAACGAGAUCCUCAGCCACAUCAAGGUCAUCAAGAUGUACGCCUGGGUCAAAGCCUUCGCCCAGGACGUCCGCAAAAUCCGUGAGGAGGAGCGAAGGAUCCUGGAGCUGACCGGCUACUUCCAGAGCAUCACUGUGGGCGUGGCUCCCCUCGUUGUCGUCAUCGCCAGCGUGGCAACAUUCUCCGCCCAUAUGUUGCUAGGAUACGACCUGACCGCAGCUCAGGCCUUCACCGUGGUGACUGUGUUUAAUGCGAUGACCUUUGCCCUGAAGGUCACUCCGUUCUCUGUCAAGUCUCUGUCUGAGGCCUCAGUGGCUGCAGAACGAUUCAAGAGCCUCUUCCUGUUGCCGGAGGUCGACAGCAUCCGUGCGUUGCCUGGCGAUCCCCAGGUUGCCGUGGAGAUGCGUGGGGCCAGUCUGGCGUGGGAAGGAGGCGGACAGAGCGUUCAGCCGAGCCCACGUGUCCACACAGCCAGCAGACUGAGACACAAGUACAGAGACAGAGACGACCUCCCGGAGGGGGAGGGGGAGGAGGUGACCGGCUCCCUGCUGAGAGGACGAGGAGGUGGAGGAGGAGAAGCCUCCAGUCCAGAGGAGGAAGACGGGGAGGAGGAGGCGUGUCCUCCCCUCUUGCAUGUCCCCCCUGUGUCCCACCGACUUCAGAGCACCCUGCACUGCAUCAACCUGACGGUCCAACAGGGGACGCUGGUCGGGGUGUGUGGGAGCGUCGGCAGUGGGAAAACCUCCCUGAUGUCGGCCAUCUUAGGACAGAUGGCGGUGUUGGAGGGUCGUGUGGCGGUCAGAGGACGGCUGGCCUAUGUGGCUCAGCAGGCCUGGAUCCUCAAUGCAACGCUGAGAGACAACAUCCUGUUUGGACAGGAGUACCAGGAGGACAGGUACCAGUCCGUACUGAGUGCGUGCUGUCUCAGACCAGACCUCCUAUUGCUGCCCAACGCUGACCUCACAGAGAUCGGCGAGCGGGGUGCCAACCUGAGUGGUGGGCAGCGCCAGCGAAUCAGCUUGGCUCGCGCCCUCUACAGUGACCGGGACCUUUACAUCCUGGACGACCCGCUGAGUGCCCUUGACGCCCACGUGGCCAACCACAUCUUCCACAGCGCCAUCAGGAAGCAGCUUUGCCACAAGACCGUCAUCUUUGUCACCCACCAACUGCAGUACCUGGUGGACUGUGAUGAUGUCAUCCUGAUGAGGGAGGGGAGUAUCGUGGAGCAGGGUAACCAUGACAACCUGAUGAAACUGAACAGAGACUACGCUGCCAUGUUUAAUCAUUUCCAGCUGGGAGACCCUCCGUACAUCAAAGCUCCCGCCAGGAAGUCCAGCGGUUCUCAGAAGAAACGUGCUGACAGUAAACAGAGAUCUGUGAAGAAGAAUACUGCGGUCAUUAAAGAGAACGGGGAGGAGCAGCAGUGUGGGGGCGUGGCCUGGCCCGUGUUCAGGCACUACAUGGUGGCCUGUGGUGGCUCCGCCUCCUGCCUGCUGAUCCUUGUUCUGUUCGUUCUCAACGUGGGAAGCUCCACCUUCUGCCAGUGGUGGCUCAGCUACUGGAUCAACCAGGGCAGCGGGAACACCACAGUAACUCAGCACAACAGCUCGAUGGUGAGCAUCAGCAUGAAGGACAAUCCCAUGAUGCAACACUACGCAGCAGUCUACGCCUCCUCCAUGGGAGUCAUGCUCCUCCUCAAACUCUUCAGAGGCAUUGUCUUCGUCAAGGGAACUCUGCGCGCCUCCUCAAAGCUACAUGACCAGCUCUUCCACAAGAUCCUCCGCUGCCCCAUGAAGUUCUUUGACACGACGCCCACCGCAGGAAUCCUCAACCGCUUCUCCAAGGACAUGGACGAAGUCGACACGCGUCUGCCCUUCCAGGCUGAGAUGUUCAUCCAGAACGUGAUCCUGGUCUUCUUCUGCCUGGGCGUCAUCAGCUGUGUUUUCCCAUGGUUCCUGGUGGCAGUGGGUCCCCUGGUGUUGCUGUUUGCGGCACUCCACAGCGUCUCCAGGGUUUUCAUCCGGGAACUGAAGCGUCUGGACAACGUGACAAUGUCACCCUUUAUGUCCCACAUCACCUCCAGUAUCCAGGGCCUGGCCACGCUGCAGGCCUAUGGCCGGAGUGGCGACUUCCUCCGCAGGUACCAGGUUCUGCUGGACCAGAACCAGGCUCCCUUUUACCUCUUCAGCUGUGCGAUGCGCUGGCUGGCAGUCCGUCUGGACGUCAUCAGCGUGGCUCUGAUCAGCAUCACUGCCCUGAUGAUGGUCCUGAUGCACGGCCAGAUCCCUCCUGCCUACGCCGGCCUCGCCAUCUCCUACGCCGUCCAGUUAACAGGGUUGUUCCAGUUCACGGUCCGACUGGCCUCCGAGACCGAAGCUCGCUUCACCUCAGUUGAGAGGAUCCACCACUACAUCCAGUCUCUGUCCCAGGAGGCCCCAGCCCGGGUCAAAGGUCGGGCCCCUCCAGCUGACUGGCCCCAGCAGGGGGAGCUGGUGCUCAAGGAGGUGGAGAUGAGGUACCAGGAGAACCUCCCUCUGGUCCUCAACAGGAUCUCCUGCAGCAUCCGGCCCAAAGAGAAGGUGGGCAUCGUGGGCCGGACUGGAUCAGGGAAGUCGUCUCUGGGCGUGGUCCUGUUCAGGCUGGUGGAGUGCUGCGGCGGCUCCAUCCUGAUAGAUGGCGUGGACAUCAGUGACAUCGGACUGGCUGACCUGCGCAGCAAGCUGUCCAUCAUCCCUCAGGACCCGGUUCUGUUCGGAGGGACUGUCAGGUCCAAUCUGGAUCCUCUGAACCAGUACAGGGAGGAGCAGAUCUGGGACGCUCUGGAGAGGAGUCACAUGAAGGAGUGUGUGUCCCAGCUGCCCCUCAUGUUGGACUCGGAGGUGGUGGAGAACGGAGAGAACUUCUCUGUAGGAGAGAGACAGCUGCUGUGUGUCGCCAGAGCUCUGCUGAGACAAUGCAAGGUGCUAAUCCUCGACGAGGCAACGGCGGCCAUGGACGCAGAGACAGAUGCUCUGAUCCAGGAGACCAUCAGGAGUUCGUUCCAGGACUGUACGACCCUGACCAUUGCUCAUCGCCUCCACACUGUCCUCGCCUCAGACCGCAUCAUGGUGCUCAACCAGGGUCAGGUGGUGGAGUUUGACGAGCCGUCCAAGCUGCUGGCCAAUGAGAACUCUCGGCUGCGCUCCAUGAUGGUCGCCGUGGAGACCAAGAUCUCUGUCCGAGGAUGAGUACGAGGAUGAGGAUGAAGGUGCUGUUCCUGUACUGUAUAAACUCUCUGUCACUUCCUGUUUCUGCAACAGGAAGAUGUUUUUUUUGUGUGUGUCGGUGUUUUCCUGUCAGCUGUUACUGUGAUGAUGACCUGCUGCCAUCUGAUUGGACGUCUGCAGAGCGUCAGGAGCUGAAAUAUAAGCUGGUUAUUUAUCUGCAUCACUUCCUGUCAUGUUUAUAUUUUUGAUGCUGUCUCCUGAUGUCAUGUUCACACCAGGCGACAAGUGAAUCACAUGUAAAGGUGUGAUUACACGUGAAAUCCUGCCGGGCAGCGUGAUGGACAAGAUGGACGUGACACAAAUUAAGCAGCACAGAAUUCACGAAAAUUCACGUGUCUUUGGCACUUGCAUACACAUGAUGUCAUGCAGACAUGACACGAGUCAACACAAAAUAUUUUACUGUUCGAGCUUGUGAGAGUAACGUGACGCGUCUGGUGUGACAAAACAGUUUCAUGUACGAUAACGUUCAGUGUGAGUUAGUUUAGUUCAUGUUUCCUGUGAACGAAUGCAGAUGAAGAAAAAUGAUGUGUGUUGACCGCACACGAAACACACACACAAAUAAUGAUGAUUAAAAUCAUGAACAAAAAGUUAAAAUAGAAUAAAAGAGGACGUUUGUUCAAUGAACGUCAGAUGGUUUAUGAGCUCCCUCUGGUGGCGCACAGAGGAACUACAACAUAAAUUAAAUUCAUGUUCUGAACAGCUUCACUCUGAUAAACGUCGUCCUGACAUGUUUCUGUUUAAGCCUGUGACCACGUCACCUUCAUGAACAUCAUGAAUUCGUCCUGAUGAGUUACAAGCUGAGCUGUGAUGGGGAGGUCGUCAGCACGGGUCAAAUGAACGGUUUAAAAUCACGGUGCCGUACCGUCGACCCAGCGACUCAUUCUGAAACUCUGAUCAUCAGAGGAAACGUCUGAAACUGACCCAAAAACAGCCGCUGUGAUGAUAACAAAUGCUCCCUGUCAUCGACGACCUGGCGUUAUUUAUGAGUCUCCUGCGCUAUGAACACGUGAACAUGGGAACACGUGACCAUGUGACUGUGUGUGUGCACACGCUGAGGUGAGAGGGCCGCACAACCUUUAAACCAGCUGAUUUUUACUGAGACAUCAGUGACACCUCCACCCACUCUCCAUUUUCCAGGUAUUUCCAGUCAUUUUUCAGCCCAAACAUGAUCUUUUCCUGAUGAUAACCAAGUCAUGUUUGUGCCUAAACCUAAACAUGUUUUGAAACUUUACGUUUCAACAACAGCGUUGCUGAAGCUACAUAAUAACGUACAAACAUAACGUAUCUGUGGUUCGCAGAAACGUUCUGUGAUGAGGAGCGACAGAAAAACUGGGAUUGAUCGUCUCGUCAGUCCAAAGAGUGUGCGCUCUCGCAAGACAGUUUGUGCUAAAAUUUUAACAGUUGUACGUCCAGUUGCCUGUUUGCUUAAGUUGCUCACGCUCUCUGGAGAACUCAUAACGUUGCGUCCGCUCAUCAUCUGCUCCGUCAUUAGCUUUUUUUUAAGAUGCAGAGGAAGUCUGCGUCGCAUUACAGAUGUUUUAUGGAUCUAAAAAGCAGCUUCAAACUGUCCUGGUGAGUUUCAGAUUGAUCAGAUUGACCACAGAUCUCUAGCGUUUAACAUGAGCUGACCCCGCCCUCUGACGUCAUGUCAGAUCAGAAGAAUUGUUAAACUUUACGUACGUGUUCAUGCGAGUAACGACUCUGACUCUGUGGUGUUGUUGGGUUUGGGUGCGACACGUCGGCUCCUCAGGGCCCCCAACCUACUUUUAGUUUUGAAAACAUUUCUGACGUCCUUGGUCGCUGAAAUACUCGUGUAACUGAGCUCACAUGUCGACACCUGUGAACUUUACGUGAACAUACACUGACUGAUCUCAGUGUGUGUCCCCCUGAUGUGAGGGAGGCCUCAGCUGGGACAGAGUUCUUCUCGUAUACACUAAAUUUGGGACGCACAUGUCUCUGAGCAUUUCAGACAUUUUUCUUUUUGGGUUUCAUUAGCUCCGCCCACCCGGAAGUCGGCCAGUUUGCUAUUUGACAUUUUCUACUAACUCCAUAAUACAGAAGAUAUUUUAUGUAACGUACUUAAAUAUGUUCGUAACUUAAAGAAACAGUUUUGUGCUUAAGUCACAUGACAAAGGACUUCCUUCCAAGAGGCUGCUGUUUAUUUCCUGUUUGAAACUAAAACGCAACACUGACUUUUUUUAACUUGUGUAUUAAAAGUAAUUUCCGUCAUGUACUUAAGUUAUGUAACAGAGGAUGUUAAUGCAAUGCAGCUUCACUUACUGUCCUGGUUUCAUGACCUGAACUGUUGAUGAUGAUGAUGAUGAUGCGUGUGUUAAACUGAACCACAAAAACCACAAAACGCUGAGACGAUAAAACAUCACGGUGAACUUCAGAUAAAUAUGUAAAUAAAAGCAAUAAAUAAUAAUAAAAUAUGAAUAUUGAUGGUGAGGCCUGCAGGUGUGUAAAUCUUCUUCUUCUCUUUUUAAAACUUGUGUGUUUGUUUCGUGGCGUCGUCGCAGCUCCGCAAAGAUUUAUAUCAAUGUUUCCUGUUUGGACAGAACCGCCAAAAUAAAAGCCACACCACAGGAAGUGGAGAGUCCAGACAUGUGAUGUGUCACAUGACAGCAUGAUUUUUAACAAACAAACAAACAAACAAACAAACAUGUAGAAAACAAUAACAUGUCCAUGUGUUUUUAUAACAGCCUUACAGCAUGAUGACGUCAUAAUGCCUUGUUGGG